GUCAAGAAGCCCAAGGCCGCAGCCAAGAAAAGUCCAGCAAAGAAACCUGCAGCCAAGAAGGCCGCAGCAAAGAAGGCCAAGAAAAGAAGAAGACGACAAAAUGAGCGGUAGAGGAAAGGGAGGCAAAGGACUCGGUAAAGGAGGCGCCAAGCGUCACCGUAAAGUCCUCCGUGAUAACAUCCAGGGAAUCACCAAGCCCGCCAUCCGCCGUCUGGCUCGCCGCGGGGGAGUCAAGCGUAUCUCCGGUCUCAUCUACGAGGAGACCCGCGGUGUGCUCAAGGUCUUCCUGGAGAACGUCAUCCGUGACGCCGUCACCUACACCGAGCACGCCAAGAGGAAGACCGUCACCGCCAUGGACGUGGUGUACGCUCUCAAGAGGCAGGGCCGCACUCUGUACGGAUUCGGAGGUUAAACGGUGAACUCUGCUUACUAAACCAAAGGCCCUUUUCAGGGCCACCCACUUACCGAUUAAUGAGCUGAAUUUCCUGUGACGUGAUAAUUUUAAACGUAAUGAUAAAAGAUUAAUUACGUUCUAAAGAGGUGCACUAAAAUAUUUUGUGAAAACAUUUGCUACAAUUAUGCAAUAAAACACACCAGAAAAGUAUUGUUUGGCACCUCAUCUUGUAAGACUGUUAUACUGACACCUACUGGACCUUAAAAAUAACUACAACCUAGUUGUAGUUAUUUAGUAGUUGAUACCGUUCACUGAGUGAUUUGUUGUUCUUGUUCUGGUACAAUGUCAUAUUUCACGUCUUCAUUUAAAAUAUUUAUUUUUAGAUGAAUAAAUGUCGACGUUAAAGAGUUCAUGUGGAUGCAUGUAGACUGAUUUUUUUUUUUUUUCACAACUUUUGCUUAGGAUUAUUUUUCUAAAACGAUUUGACAUUGGGUCUUUUACGCUUUUUUUUUUAAUGCAGUCUGUCCGGCUAUAGAAAACACCCGCUCACAAUUUGUAAGGAACGGCGGAAGAGGUUUAGACGGAUUGUUUUGUUUGCCUCAGUAUCUCUGGGAUCCAUCCAUUUGGAACCGCGAAAGGUCAGAUUAUUUUAGUAGAUUCAUCGUUAACAGAUAAUCUUCCUCAUAAACAGUUUGGCGCGUCACUUUCUGAUUGAAAACAGUCGCUGUAUCGGUCACGUGACUUAGAGAUACGCGCACCGACACGGGUUUCGCUCUAAUGACCGAAGCCUAGAGAACACCGGACCCAUCGCCAUCAACCUUGUAUUUGUGUUAAGGAAAUUGCUAACGAACGCAAAGCAUCACUAAUAUUUAUACAUUUACCUUGUUGGUAGAUGACAUUGGAAAGCUAUGGUGAGCUAUUUAAGUAGAACUUUAUCAAAGUUAUCUGAAUACACAAAAGUGUAUGAUCUAAUUCCUCUUAGAGGAUACAUAUUGAGAAGAUAAAAGCUGAACUCGUACUAUAAUCUUUGCUUCAUUUUGUGUUGCCUUAGGGUGAGCUGAGUGGGGCCAGUGCUGAAUGGUGAAUGUCGCUCUGUUUAUGUUUCACUUGUAAGACUUGGAACAUUUGAUACUUUUUCGGCAUUAAAAGCCUGUUUUACAAUGACACUGAUGGGUUUUUGUAGGGUCCCAGAAUUGGUAAACGGACCUAGGUGUUGCACUGAUGGGGAAAAUGGCAGCAGUAACAACAGUAUGUUCAUAUGGAAGAAUCACUGUUGUAAUACGAGACAGCACUAGGCAAGACUUCUUUCUUGCUUUGCUACAAGUUCUUAUCCGGUUACGAGUGUACAACUAUUUUUGAGACUCAUUUCACGCUUCGGGGAAGCUCCCAGAAUCGCGUGUAGAUGGUGCGUUUAUAUGCUAGUAAAAGCUGGGUCGUCUGAGUUUUGCUCUGAGUACUUUUAUCCUCUCAUCGUUCCUCACUGUGCUUGGCACAAGCACACUCAGUGGAAAACGGUAGAUCUCAGCACUUCCUUAUAAAAUCCUAAAAUUGUUUAGACAUAUUGUGCAUUUUUGAGCGGUACAGGAGACUAAGUGAUCUGAAAAACGACCACUGGGUGGCGGAAUGGUUCGCUGGCCGGAAAAAUAGCCAGACAAACCCAGAAGCAAGACGGAGCCUCCCGGUAGUCUGCCCUCUGGCCCCGGGGGGCCUGUACCGCCCCCGUUGAGAAACGCUGCACUAUGCACAACUUCUGUUCCCAAGAGCGGCAUUGUUUAUUAAUUAAUCAGAAAAUAAGUGAUUAAUUAAUAAUCAGACUUACUAUUGUUUGGAACCACUUCCAGAAUUUAGGAUGCUGAAGUGACUAAACCUUCAUCAAUGCAGACUGAACAUCUGCAUAGUGCAGCAUGAGAUUAAAGAGCAUUAUUAUUAUUAUUAUUAUUAUUAUUUCUACAAUAUUAAAGGACUAGCAAUUUCCUAAAUUAUUUUAUAGUGGAAAAUUCUGUGUGAAUGUUGUCUUUAAGUUGUGCAGAUUUUAAUCAUGACUUCACAUUAACAGACAAAUAUCAGAAUUUAGCAGAAUACCAAUUUACAAUGCAGAUAUCAUCUGUCUCUGCUUUUGUGUCUCAGUUAAAUUUUUUGAUAAAACUUUGUAUAACUAUGUUAUUCUUGUGAACCUGUGUAGAAACUGUUUUAAUAAAAGAGAAGA